CGCAGCUGUUGCAGCUCUCGAGGAAGACAAAGCUGCUGCUAUCGCGGCUCUCGAAGAAGAGAAAGCCACGGCCAUCGCCGCACUCGAAGAAGAGAAAGCGUUGGCUAUCGCUGCACUUGACGAGAAGGCCGCAGCCGUCGUUGCUCUCGAGGAGGAGAAAGCGUUGGCUGUCGCUGCACUUGACGAAAAGGCCGCAGCCGUCGUUGCUCUCGAGGAGGAGAAAGCUACUGCAGUUGCAACGCUCGAGGAAGAGAAAGCCACCGCAAUUGCAGCGCUCGAGGAAGAGAAGGCUACUGCAAUUGCUACACUUGAGGAAGAGAAAGCCUCUGCGAUCGCCGCGCUCGAGGAAGAGAAAGCCACCGCAAUUGCAGCGCUGAGGAGGAGAAGACAGCUGCGGUUGCCGCGAUCGAGGAAGAGAAAGCUACAGCGCUCGCUGCCCUUGAGGAAGAGAAGACUGCCGCCAUCGCGACGCUAGAGGAAGAGAAAGCUGCUGCCAUCGAAUCCCUGGAAGCGGAAAAGGCUUCUAUCACCUCGGAGUACGAGCAGGCAAAGGAUGAACACGCCUCCAUCAUCGCCGAGCGGGACGCAGAAAAGGACCAGCUCCAGGAAGACGCGCGUUGUGAGCUCGAACGUGUCACCACCGAACUCGAAGAGCGCAUCAAGGAGAAAGAAGAAGAGCUUUCGUCGCUCCAGAUGCAACACGAGGAAGACUCGCAGCGUCACGCCGCUGAACAGGCGGAGCAAGCGCAGGUGGCUGCCGAUCGCGAGCAGGAGUUGGUAGCGUCAGUUGCCGCUGGCGAGGAACGCGUUCAAGCUCUGCAAGAAGAGAUUGCGUCGCUGAAUGCAGCGUUUGAGCAAGAGAAGGAGGCGUACGCCGCCACACAGGCAGACCGCGACGCCACCCAUGCCGCAGAAAAGGAAGCUUUGGAGACGGAAGCGGCGGAACGUGAGCAGGCCCUGUCCGAGCAGAUCACUGCAUUAGAAGAGGAGCUUGCCGCUGCUCAGGCCGCGUACAUGGCUGAGCACGACCGACUGGUCAACGAGCAUGCUAGUCACCAGGCUUCGUGGACAGAACAAGAGCAAGCUUUCGCUGAUGCCGAAAACGAACUCGAGGCGCGCAUUUCUACUCUUGAGGAAGAGCUCGACACCAGCCGACAACAACAUGAAGAGGCCCAGCAAUCCCUUGCGGACGCCUCUGCUGCCCACGAAGAACGCGUGGCCGCCAUGGAGGGAGAUCUCGCUGCCGCUCAGGAACGCAGUUCCGAGAUUGAGCAAUCUCUCGCCGAGGCAACGGCAGCGCAUGAAGAGCGUGUGGCGGGGCUGGAAGAGGAGCUUGCGUCGGUUCGUGCUCAGCACGAGGAAGCUCAGCAAGUCCUUGCCGAAUACUCGGAGAAAGAGGCCGAUUGGACCGAACGCGAAGUCGGGCUUGUGACAACUGCGGAGGAACGUGACGCUCGCAUUCAAGCUCUCGAGGACGAAUUGGCGUCUCUGCGUGACGAACAGGAUCAGGAGCGUCAGCAACGGGUAGCUGAAGAUGGCGAGCGGGCGGAGCGUGAGCGGGUAGCUGCAGAGGCGUCGCUCGAUCGGGAACGCGCCAUCGCUGAAAGUCACGACGCCCGUAUCAAGGAGCUCACCGAAGAGCUGGCCGCGCUGCGCGCCGAGCGAGAGCAAGAAAGGGAGAAGCGCGAGGUCGAGGACGUUGAGCGCAGGGAGGCAGACAAGGCAGAAGCUCAGCAGAUUGCCGAAACACAUGCUGCCCAACUCACGUCUAUCGAGGAGAAGCUUGCCAAAAUGCAGGGCUACUCUGACGAGCAAUUCGCGCAGCAAGAUGUCCGGGUUCAGGAAAUCACUGUCCACCUUGACAGGAUCGAGGACACUGCGGCGAUGCGGUGGGAACAGCUCGAGGCCGAGAAGGCUGAAGCCGCCUCGAAGCCAACCAUGGAGAGUAUCCUCGAGGCUCAUAAGGACGAGCUGCAAGUCAACAUGCAAGGCCAACUCGAUUCCUUCGAGAACAGUCUCAGAGAAGACGGUGCUCAAAAGCAUGAAGAGAUCCUUGCGCAGAUCAAGUCGAUGAUUGAAGAGCACACCACUGUAGCGAUCACCAACUGUGUUGGCGAGUUCAGCACGAUGCUAGAAUCAUUAGGCACCACCCAGCAAGCGGAGAUCCUGAGUGCGCUGCGUGUGGCCAUUCAAGAACAAGUCACUCUGAAUAUCUCUUUCUACAUCGAGGAGCUGAGCAAAACUUGGGACGCCCAUGGAAAGCACCUCAUAAGUGAACUUCUCGGCACUGUCCGUGCAACAGCUCGCGAUGUAGUAGAGUUCAACGCUGACAACUAUUUGACCGAUUUCUGCAAGAAUCUUGCACCGGAGAUGCUACAGCUCUUCCAGGAAAUCAGGGAGAAGGAAGAGGAGAAGCAGAAGCUCGAUCGUCAAAUCGACAUCUUAAGACGUCACAAGACCGACUACGAAACCGGAGAUCUUGGCUCAGGCGACGCUGCUCCCGAAGAGGUCCCUAUGAGAGGUGCUUGGCGCGGCAGAUCGCAAGGUGGCCGUAGGGCUGCGGAUACCCCAAGUCAUCCCCUUCCUGUACCUCCCGAGCAACUAUAUCCAUCUCCUCCUCCUCUAUCAGCCAGUCAACACGCACCGAGCUACCAUCAUCCAUCACGACCAGUUUCCUCAUGGGGAUCAUGGCAAGUCGACUCUGUCAACCAACCUUCGGCUGAUCCUUCGGUUCAGCUCGCAAUCGUUCAUCCACCACCUCCUGGUAGCGAGUACGGAUCGCAGGCGACGUACUACCACCAUUAAGCUAUCUCUUGGUCACGUCUCGUAUAUACCUCUUGUCAUUCUCUUGAUACCC